CUUCCCCAUUCAACACAAAUGAUCGGAUUGACCUGGUGAACAUCCGUAUUUCCCGGAUCUGUGCUUUGGCUCCAAAGAGAUCCAAAGAGUCUGUAGAGACAACUAGUUCCCAUUUGCAAAUCGACUGUUGCAUAUUUAAGAUGUACUUGGCCUUCCUGCUAUGCCUGGCUGUGGUCCCAAAUGUGGCAGAGAGAUUCCAUCGAGUGAAAUUUAGAGAUGUGACAGAGAACAAUGCCAUUGAUCCUCCGGACUUGGAAGAGCUGAAGAAGUGGACUGAGUACUUUCAAUCCUCCGAAGGUGGCGGCAUGUACCCCAAACAUGCAAGUUCCAAAGCCUUUGAAGUUCUCCAAGGGAAUCCUCCAGAUUUGGAUGAAGUGAAGAAAUGGGGUGCAUUCUUUCACGACAACGACGGCAUGUACUGGAAAGAUGCGAGCGCAAAAGCCUUGAACAUGCUGACGCCAAAAUCGACAGCAGAGAAAUCACAGUCGCCUGAAGAACCAACAUCCAAAGCAGAGAAGUCAGAGUCGCCUGCAGAACCAGAAGCGGAAGGAGAGAAGUCAAAGUCGCCUGAAUCGACACCCCCGAAGAUGUUAGAUUGUGAUGUUCCUGCCAUUCCAAAGGAUGGAGAUCCAUUUGGGAAGGCUUGCAAGGAAGGGUCAAGGUCAGGUUUUGGAAGAGUUUUGACAAGAAUCCGCCAUGGCGAGCGCUGCAGCCCUGUUUGCAGCCUUGGCCAUAAACCUCAGCCAGACACCUUGGUGUGCGAGAAUGGUGUCAUUGGCUCCUUUGAAUGCCCUGAAUACAUCGAUCCUCUCCAAAAGAUGUGCAAGGACAAAUGUGAAGCGGAGGGCAAAGGCUAUCAGUACAAAGUGAGUGGUGGAAAGCCAUCCUGCGUCUGUAUUGACAAGAGCGCUGUUCUCAACCACCUGCCAUUCUGAUAUGAACUGCCACUUGUCUCGCUCAAACAAAGCUGGCUUCGGAAAAAAGCUGCUCUUAAGCAUUGACUGCUUGGCUUGAAGCGGGCUUUGGUUCAUGAUUCUACAAUUACUCCAAGGGUGAGGCCAUGACCAAGCCGCUUGAGGCUUGUGCAAGUCCAGCCAUCGAAAUUGAAAGCCGUUCGUUCCCAUCCUAAUCCGGAGCAGUUCAUCACCGCUUUGUUGCUGCCAUUCAAGUCCAUACUCGACCG